CCGGCUCACAACUAAGCGAUGCUUUCCAUUACAGUCACCAGGCUGUGCAAGUAUGCAGGCAGUCAGACACUGAUGAUGACAGGAGUUCAAUCUACAGAGAGCUGAAAACAGCUCCGUCAGAGGCCCAGUCACUUCCCAAACAGCACCACAGAUGUGUGGAGUGAAGUAACCAGUAGAGAGAGUGUAUAUACAGCCUACUUUUCUUUACUUUUCUUUAUUUAUUCUUUAUUCAUCUUUUAUUUUAUGAUCUGAACACAGAGGAGUGAGGGAGACAUUUAAUAUGACGACAUAAGGAAUCAAUCCGAGCUCUCUGGUGCUGUCAAAACACCUCACAAUGCAGUUCCUUCUCCUCGCAGCGUCGCUCCUCUUUACGCACGACCUCGCCGGAGCUGAUGAGUGCGCGUCCCGCUGCGAUGUGAGCUCGUGUCCGAGCCCGCACUGUCCCGGAGGGUACGUCCCGGACAGGUGUGACUGCUGCCUGGUCUGUUCCCCCAGAGAGGGAGACCCCUGCGGCCGCAGAAACGAGCUGCCCUGCGGGGACGGACUGGAGUGCAGGCUGCUGGCUGCGGGGAAGCGGCGGGGCUCCAGAGCGGGAGUCUGCCGGUGUGAGACGGAGACCGUAGUGUGCGGGAGCGACGGGAAGACGUACGGUAACGUGUGUAAGAUGAGAGCAGCCAGCCGGAAAGCGGAGCAGAAGGGGAGAGCCGCGGUUAACCAAGCGAGCAAAGGAGCCUGUGCCCAGAAAGGAGCAGGUCGUACCCUUGUCCAUCCCAGCAGCCCUCGCUACAAGUUCAACUUCAUCGCUGACGUAGUGGAGAAAAUAGCACCUGCUGUUGUCCACAUCGAACUGUUCAUAAGACAUCCCCUGUUUGGUCGCCACAUGCGCCUCUCCAGCGGGUCUGGAUUCAUUGCUAACCACUCAGGUGUGAUUGUGACCAACGCUCACGUGGUAACCACAGCGGCGGCGGGGAGGCCCCAGCUGCGCGUGCAGCUCCACGACGGCGACGCGUACGAGGCCACGGUCAGAGAUGUAGACAGGAAGGCGGACAUCGCCACGAUCAAGGUCAAUCCCCAGAAGAAGCUCCCUGUGCUGUCUCUGGGCCGUUCAGCUGAUCUGAGACCAGGGGAGUUUGUGGUUGCUAUUGGCAGCCCCUUCGCCCUGCAGAACACCGUCACCACCGGCAUCGUCAGCACCACUCAGAGAGACGGCAAGGAGCUGGGCAUCAAGGACUCAGACAUGGACUACAUCCAGACUGACGCUAUUAUUAAUUACGGGAAUUCUGGAGGACCUCUUGUUAACUUGGACGGUGAGGUGAUAGGCAUCAACACUCUGAAAGUGACAGCGGGGAUCUCCUUCGCUAUACCCUCAGACAGAAUCAGCCGCUUCCUCACAGAGUCACAGACCAAACACAGCAAAGAAAAGACAAGACUGCAAAGAAGACUUACAGAGGAACCACAGUCUGAUGCGGGCUAACAGAAUCUGUUCUAUCUGUCGAGCCGAUGCCUCUGAGUUUCCAGCGGGAUUCUGAGUGACAUCAUAUCAAAAACCACAACCCCUGACUCCAUUUUGGAUGCACCAACCAGUCAGUGAACUUCUCUCCUCCUAUCAUACGCUUCCUCUCACACAUCCUGCCACAUAACGGGGACCAGUGCUCCUUAUUCCUUCACUCUUUAUCCCCCCAGGACACCGAACAGUAAUUCUCACCUGGGGUCAGCAACUUUCUACUGACUCACGCUCACUUUAUCGCUGGACUUCCUCGGCCUUCUGUUACACCUCUACUUCUCUGCCUUCUGCUCAUGGUUACCCCGUUACUAUGAAUGGCCUUUGAAACACAUACACACAGUGUCAUGUGUGCGUGUGUUUUAGUGGACGACAACCAGUCCAGACCACUGAAGACAUCCAUGAGGUGUUGCAGCCUGAACAGCCUCUCCUGCUUGAUGAUGACUUACUGUUCAACAUCCAGCAUAACGAACAGGACAGUAUAGUGGGAUUAAAGUUCCAUCUGCCCAUGAGCAACAUACUGCAAGGAAUUAUAAAAUAGCCAUAUAUGGAAAUAUGAACUGAUGUGAAGUGUGUGCAGCUUUCACCUGUCUGGUGAUGUAUACUUUGUGUGUAGAUUUUUGGGUGUGUUUUAUCAUACAGAUUCUUAAAUAAAUACAGUAGUUUAUUACUAUACUCUACUAAAUAC